GGGGGCUCCCGAGCAUUCCCCGGAGCGGGCACCAGGGACCGGCAUGACGGGCAAGGCGGGCGAGGCGCUGGCCCACGGCCUCCCGAGCAAGCCCAAAGCCCCCGACGGCGCGCCUCCUCCGCCGGCCGCGGGCCAGCCGGGGGCGGGGGGCGCGGCAGGGGCGGCCAAGCCCGCCUCGACCCCCGCGGCGCCCCGCUGCACCGGCUUCGGCAUCCAGGAGAUCCUGGGCUUGAACAAGGAGCCGCCGCCGACGCCGCACCCGCGCGCCGCCCUGGACGCCCUGCCCGCCGGGCACCUGCUGGCCGCCCGCUCGGUCCUCAGCCCCGCCGGCGUGGGGGGCAUGGGCAUGGGCUUGCUCAGCGCCGGCGGCCUGCCCGGCUUCUACGCGCAGCCCACCUUCCUGGAGGUGCUGGCCGACCCGCCCGGCGUCCACCUGCAGCCGCUGGGCCGAGUCCCCCAGCAGCUGGACACCAGCCAGACGGCCAGCUCAGAUUCCGAGGACGUCUCGUCCAGCGACAGGAAAAUGUCCAAGUCCUCCCUGAGCCAGAGCAAGAAGCGCAAGAAGAGGCGCCACAGGACAAUCUUCACAUCCUAUCAACUGGAGGAGCUGGAAAAAGCCUUCAACGAGGCCCAUUAUCCUGACGUUUAUGCGAGGGAGAUGCUAGCUAUGAAAACAGAACUUCCAGAAGACAGGAUACAGGUCUGGUUUCAGAAUCGAAGAGCCAAAUGGCGGAAGAGGGAGAAAUGCUGGGGCAGGAGCAGCGUAAUGGCAGAAUAUGGGCUGUAUGGUGCAAUGGUACGUCACUCCAUCCCACUGCCAGAGUCCAUCCUCAAAUCCGCCAAGGAUGGCAUAAUGGAAUCCUGUGCACCUUGGCUAUUGGUUCAAGAUGGCUUUCCCAUGCCCAGGCGCUUUUCUAAACCCGAAUACCAACAAUUCUUUUUAGGGAUGCACAAAAAAUCUCUGGAGGCGACUGAGGCGGGGAGGAAGCCAGAGGUGGGCAUGAGCCUGCCCAACUUGACAAAGGUGACAAGGAAGGGCAGUUCCAAGCCACCAUUUCCAGGAAGAACUGAGAGAGAACAGCGUGCCCCUCGAGGCCAAAGAAACAAGGAGCCACCGGCCUCCAAAGUCCUGGGGACCAUUCCCGGAGAUCCUGCUACCCCAAUCAGGAAGUCAGAGAAAGAGGAAGAGGCGACCACUGCAGAGGACCAACAGCAAAUGGAAAAAUCAGAUUCAUCACAAGAGGAAGAGAAGCUGAUUUAGAGCGAAGGGAACAAUGGGAAAUCAGCCAUCUUCUCAAAGACUAACUCUUCUAGGAACUACAGUCUCCUCUCAGACCAACAGGAUUCUUCCUGCAGCCCCUACUAAAACAGGGAGGUAGUUCCCCACUUGGUCUCUGUGGAUUUCAGGAAGCCACAGGCUCAAGACCAUUCACCAGGUGUGUCUAGAAAUCUGAUUUCCCCCUCUCAGGGAACGCGUUAGACUCUCUUACCCUAUGGAGCACUUUUGCUCUACUUUAUUCCCCUUUCCCCAUUUUGGGGAGAGGAGGGUCAUAAAUCACCACAAUAUUUAGUCCCAGGAGGAAGAUUAAGCUAGCGAGGACAAUGAUUUCCUCAAUGCCAGUCACUAAGCCAAUGUUGGGUCUUCUUUUUUUCCUCUUUUCACCUUAUUCAGUCAUUUUUUCCCAUUCUCAUCCCACUCUUAGAAGACGACUAUCAUUAUCACCUCUCACUGUAUCUCAUUGAAAGAACACAUCUGUCUCUCCCUGUCUCGGUCAGGUUAUUAUGACUUUUCCACAGAAGGAAAAAUAAAACUACCCUGCUCAUUUUUAUAUGUUAAUUUAUGUAAAUAUAUAGUAUUUUAAACUGUCCGUUGCCUAGCAUUGAGGCUGAGUUUAAAAACAAAAGGAAGCCAUUCCCUCCUUUAAAAGUUGGGCCAAAUUUACAACUGGCCAGGUGACAACCCUACCUCAGAGAUAGUCUCUUCCUCACUGCAAAAUCAGCCAGCAUUGCUGUUGAUGAGAGAGUCCCAGCAGGCAUCCUUCCAGUGCAAUGGUGAAUUUCCCUUGCAGAACAUGCCUGUUUUGUGGCUUGUUUGUGGCACCCAAUUCACAGCAUCCCGAAAUCUUGAUCUAGUAUCCUUGAAUGUCUGUGUGAAUUUCCCCUUUAGCUCACAUAACUUUGUGGGGGGAAUCCAUGGAAAUAGUUGCACAUGACACUGAGCUCUUUCUAAUAGCAUUUGACACCUUCCACAUGUGUCUUUCCUUAUAGAGUCCUGGAAUGUCAUGAGAUCAGAAAGGAACACUUAGCUACUAAACGGAGAGGUGCCAGUAUGUAAGUCUGCUUGGGUGUCAUGGCAUCCAAUCUGAAAGCUCUUUCCUAGAGAACUUGGGUCAAGCUAAGCCUGGGAGAGUCUUCUGAAUUCAGGAUGGAUUGGUUCUGAAAUGGAAGUGGAGAAAAAUACUGUUGGCCCCUAAAAGCCAAAUUUCAGGGAUGGAGCUUAAUUUUUUCAUGAUUUUUUCAAUCCCAAGAAUUAACGAGCUCGUUCACUUAUGUACACAUCACUGGGUUAUUCAGCACUUGAUUAUUGUUGGAUCAUUGUAUGAACUGACUACGUUGGUAAGAAGCUGCCUUUAAGGUGAUAUGGAAGCCUUGUCAGAUUUGCAAUUGCUCAUUCACAUGGAAAGCAUCCUUUGAUGCUGCUCAGAUGAUGAGGAUGAAUGUGUGAAAUUGCCCAUGUCAUGCACAUUAUUUGUGUGCAACUUUAGCUGUCCUUAUGUGCAGUAGUGCAAUGUGAAAUAAAGCACUUAUGGACAUCUUGGAGUCCACCAGUAAAAGAGGUAUCAGGUGACUUUUAUAACCAAUUAAGUCAGAGGUUCUGACCUGAAGUCAUGCCCACAUAGUCAUAAGAAACCUCAGUUUCAUAGUAACCUUUUGUUUUUCUUCAGUGAAAGCCCCAGGUUAGCAAAUCCCCAUGUUCCCUUUCCUGUUCUUGUUUCCAACAAGAGGUGUUUUUACCGGGUUGCUGUUUUGUUUAUGAUUGAUCUGCCAACAUAAUCCUUCUCUGUCUUUGUUCCCCAGUUCUUUGGCGUGUUAGAUUAUAGCCCAUGGUGUGUAAAUAAUGUACAUAUGGUGGAAAAGUUGUUAUUUGAGGUGUUUAAGAUACAAAGUUGUAACAACUUCUAGUCAUUUGAAACCUGUGAUUUUUGUGCCAUUUUCUGUAAAGGUAUAAAUCAAAAUAAAACAGAACUAAAGAUGGGCAGAA